UCUGUGUGUCACAAAGCGUGAACCCCCUUACGUUCGUACACUUUUGGGGUUAUUUCUAGUUGAUUUCAUUGAAAAAUAUGACUACAGUUUUGCCUUUAGUUGCUGGAACGUCAAGUGCAAUAGCAGCUGGUGCAAUUUUAUACAGAGUCAUUAGACCCAAGUUCAGCAUCCGUGUCAACUGUUGGUUUUGUUGCCGUGAUACAGUAGUGCCGUACGGGAACAAGGACUGCUGGGACUGCCCUCACUGUGAACAGUACAACGGGUUUGCUCAGGAUGGUGACUACAACAAGCCCAUCCCGUCCCAGUAUUAUGAGAGUAUGAACCAUCCUAUGACGGCAGUACAGACAGAAGAUGCCUACAAAGACAGCCGCAGUGUGUUGUGUGAGGCUUGCAGCAGGAAUCAGCUCCUCAAGAUCAAACAGUUGGCCAACUUUGUCCCCUGUAAUGAGGGUAACUAUGACACAGAGGUGGCUAUGUACAGAGAUCAGCUGGAGCAUACCUAUCAACUGUGUAAGACCUGUCACAUCAAAGUUAAACAAACAUUAAACAAGCAAGACCAGGUGCUACAGAGAAAGAUGAUGAAACAACACCUGAAGACACCUGACUCCCCCUCUGCUUGCUCAGAUCAUUUUGUCCACAAGGUGGGGCCACCUGCUCACAUCAAUCUAUUACGCCUCACCUCCCUCCUGUGUGCAAUCACGCUGCUAGUCAUCAACUUCCACAGUCUUCAGGAACAUAGCGACACUCCCCUCAUCAACCUGCAGCGAUAUCUACCUAGAAGUGCUCUGAAGUAUCUGUCCCAGAUCUACAGCCUGGCAUAUACAGUGGUGUUUCUGGGAUUUUUCAGUGGGAUAACAGCAACAUUUCUGUUUGGGAAAGAUAGGCUAGUGUUGUGGGAUGCUGUGGCCUCCUUUGUGUGGCUGGGACUCCUUUUCGUCCACUCCAGUCUCCCAGCAAAGCUGACCCGUUUACAGGCCCAGGACAGCCAUAUUUUACAGGUGGCGCUAGCGCUGCUCUGUACCCUGUUAAGCAUGUUAUGCUGGUUAAUUGAUAGAACACCUAGAAGUCAGAGAAGGCAGCUCACUAGAGGGAGGCACAGGAGAACCAGCAGCUUUAUGUCAGACAUAUCAGACCUGUCUCACCACUCUAGUCCUGGCGCUGACAGAAUGUCUGCAUCUUCAGAGGACUUUGACAGUGUUAGUCAAGUAUCCAAUCACACAGGAGCAUCAGGUCACAUGACACAUCAGACAUCCAAUCACAUGUUGACCACAAGUCACGUGACAAGACAUUUGCCCAAUCACAAUGAUACAAGAGAGACAUUGCAGUCUGGGCAUCCUAUUGAUAGCAAGUUGGAAACCAUGAGUUUGGGACCUCCAUCCAGGAGAAAAACUGGCAAGGGUGCUUUUGACUUGAAGGGUGUCAUUUCCUCCAAUCACGUCACCUCUACCACCCCUACACCACACGGCAUUCUGGGAUCACUGGGGAAGAAACGCCCACUCAUAUCUCCUGCCAGGUUCACGGCCAGUCCAGGGUCACCAGCAGGGGGCGCUGGGGUCACAACAGGGCGUGGCGCAGUGACUGCUAGGAAACUGUUCAACUUUUCCCAGAGCUGUGGUAAGCAGUGA